AAAAUUCAUAAACAUUUAAACUGGGAGUCCCAUAUGUUCAUAUGAUACUGUUAGGCAUAAACAAAUACAACAUGCUCCAUUUACAAAGUACAAAAUGUACAUAUAAUUAUCAAUAACUUUUGUAAUAAUUGGUAAUUUAUAAUAACUUCUUUAGUUUGUAAUACAGUAAAUAAUAAUCAAUUCGAUACCUAGUUCUUCUUUGUAGUCAGCAAAAUGGCUGGAUUGUUUAGAUUCGUUAAAAGUAUAACAACUAUACAAUUACCGGUACAAAACAGGAAUGUAUCGUUAUCUGCGACAUCGUAUCUUAAAGAAAUUAUCGAGAAAAGGGAAGGGAAUACAAUAACAUAUGAGGGAAUUAUAAAACCUGACGAAAAUGAUAAACGAUUUCUAAAACCUAAAGGAAAUGCCUGUCCUGUGUGUUCCUCUGGUCUUGACAUUAAACAUACAGAUGUCCUUAUACUUAGUCAGUUCGUAAGAUCGAACGGUAACAUGUUACCACGUAGAAUCACUGGUCUGUGCAAAGUACAACAGAAAAGAAUAACCACAAUGGUUGUGAUGGCUCAGAAAGCUGGAUUAAUGCCAAAUUUAGCUCCACGAAAUUCUAAGAACGAUCCUACCAGAAGGUACCAAUGGAAGAAGUAUAAUACGUACUAUGACGAGGAAACUAUUAAACAGAGAUAUUGGUUGAAUUAAUUCUAUAAUUAUAUGUAAUAAAUAUGAAUGAUAAAAGAAGUAAUAAACACAUGUUUCGUUGGUUAUUGAA